GGCUGCUCCGCCCCCUGUUGUUGGUUGAAGAAAUUGGAAUUUCAACUCUAUUAUUAAGAGGAAACAGCAGGGCUUCUGUGAUGUGGUUGUAAAAAUUAACUUAUUUCGGUUCACCUGCGGGAGUCGAAUUAAAAGGCCGAGUCGUUCACAGUCUCCCCAUAACCUUUCUUCGCUGUGUCCAUCUAUCUGCUUAAAAUAUAACCACAGAAUGAAGCCGAAUUAAAUGUUACUGCUUAUUAAUCACUUAAAUUUCGGCUUUUUAACCUAUUUUCACAGUUUAUCGGAAAUAAACGUAUUUCCGCACAGUAACGGCCAUUUGUCAUGUGUUGUUAUGGAAACGAUAGUGUGUCUCCUGCGUGUUGGCGGCUGAAGCGAACAUCUUUUCCGAGCUAUCAGGAGCUCGUUUGGACCAGAAUUGUUGUUUCCCCCACCAGUAUACAGUUUACAGGACUAUCGUCGCAUCAUGGCCCAUUAUAGAGUGAGUCUAACGUCAAAUGUUUGUUAUUUUAACGUAUUUGUACGCGGUCCGAGCUUCAUAACCUACAGCAGUUGCUAGCUAGCAUAGCAGUAAUGUACCUGCAGCCUCUCAGUACUGCGCUCAUGACUUGGAUAACUCGGUAAAAUUGUGACUUGUUUUAUUCUUUAGGCCUCCGAGUCGAAGCGGGAACAAUUUAGAAGAUAUCUAGAGAAGUCCGGGGUUAUUGACACUUUAACAAGCGGUGGGUAUGAUCCUGUUUAAAAACGUUAUUCAUUACUGUGUUAAUGCAUCCAAAGGAAAGUGUAAAUCUAACUGUUUCUCCUGUUUCAUUAUUUUGUCCUUUCUCUUUUGCAGUUUUAGUGGUACUUUAUGAGGAGGCUGACAAACCCAACAAUGCACUGGAGUAUCUUUGUGAAAUAGGGGAGAGUGGGGUAGGAUGAACCACCCCUUGAUUCUUAGAAAUGGUAAAAGAAAUUGAUCAUGUGAUCAAAUAUUUAGGAGAUGGGCAUCAAUUUAUAGAGUCUGUGAUGGUUAGAAGUACACAGGUGAAGGAGUUAGACAUUUAUUUACAAUAAAAACAUUUUUCACUCUUGAAAGUGAAUUUAGUCUGUCAUAAGUUUGAUUAGAAUUGUGUUCAGACCAAAAAACUUGUUUGCAGACAGAAAACUGUUGGCAUGAAUGUUUCAAAGCUGCAACCAGUAAAAACAUUUUUCAGUCAACAGCUGACAAAUAUCCAACAGUGAUGGACUUGUGAAGAUUUGCUGUUGUCCGGACUUUGUCUUUUGCUUUGGUUGGAUAAGUACAAUUUCACGAGAUCAUUAGCAGCUGUUCAGUAGUGUUCAUAGCUCAGCUCACCUGUAGUUCUGUAGACUUAGCAGAUUGACCUUAACCAGCAGCAGUUUCAUAAACCUUCACCUUGGAGCAGCUGGUUCUGGGUCGGCGGAUACAGAGUCUCUUCGUAUGGAGUUGGCUGAUCUACAACAGAAAUACAACCUGCUGAUGGAGGAGAACAAAGAGCUGAGAAACAGGGUAAAAAGCUGCCGAUGUUUCCGUCUUAACUGCAGCUUGGGUAACCUCUCUGUAACCCCUGAUGUCUCUGCCACUGUCUCCUUUCCAGCUGAUGCAGUACGAACAGCUGCCUGAAGAUGGAGCUGCAGAGUAGACUGAAGAAUUAAUGGGGCGACAAAAGAAGAGCAUGGAAAAAAUCACUUCUUUUUGUUUUUUUUUCCCUUUUACAAUAUGUUUGUUUAUUACAUGUCAGGGGUGUACAGUGAACUUUGAAUCACAGUUAUUUUUUGUUACGUAAAAAAAAUAAAAAUGUUUUUUUUUUCAGUAUUUGGCGUAACUUUUUCUCUUAAUUUUCUUAAUUUCCAAAUGAUAAAAACAAUCUGCUUACAGUCACUCACUCAUCUCAAAUAAAUACAUUAAAAGAAUUACUUAACACAA